AGAAUGGUUGAUGGCACAAUUUUGAAGUAGGAAUGUUAGCAUUUCUUCAGUGAUGAUGGACUUUUUUGCCUAAGAAUUAUCUUGAAUAAGACAUUUGGAAAAUUACAACUUCAAACUCUGCAUAAAUUCACCACAAUUUUCCAAAAUCCAACCAUCUCUUUCUUCUUUGCUUCAUUCACCAGAGAAACACUCACUUUCAGUUUUCAGCUCAUUCAAAAAGUGGUGCUGAAAACUAAGAGUGAAGAAGAAGAUGGAAUCUUUCAAACAGAGUGGUGGAAGUUUUGUGAACAAUACCAAAGUAUUCACUCUGCAAGUCCUUACAGGGCGUUGGUUCAUGGCUUUUUCCUCAUUCAUGAUCAUGUCUGUGUCAGGAGCAAGCUACAUGUUCAGUCUAUAUUCAAGGGAAAUCAAAUCAGUUUUAGGGUAUGAUCAAUCUACCCUAAAUCUGUUAAGCUUCUUCAAGGAUUUGGGGUCCAACAUAGGCAUCAUUUCAGGCCUAAUCAAUGAGGUCACACCCCCUUGGGUGGUGUUAACAAUUGGUGGAGUUCUCAAUUUUUUUGGCUAUUUCAUAAUUUGGCUUGCAGUGACCAGAAAAAUUGCCAGGCCCCAGGUGUGGAAAAUGUGCUUAUACAUAUUCAUUGGAGCAAAUUCUCACUGUUCCACCAACACUGGAGUCAUUGUGACCAGUGUGAAGAACUUCCCAGGCACAAGGGGCAUUGUCAUUGGCCUUCUCAGUGGCUACCUUGGUUUGAGUGCAGCAAUCAUCACUCAGAUAUACUAUGCCUUCUAUGGAAAUGACUCCAAGUCUCUGAUUUUGCUUAUGGCAUGGCUACCAACUGCUGUAACUUUUGUUUUCUUGCCAGUCAUCAGACACCACAAGGGAGUUCAACAGCCAAAUGAUUCCAAGGCUUUCUAUAAUUUCCUCUACACCACUUUAGUUCUUGCAGGUUUCCUCAUGGUAGUCAUCAUACUGCAAAAAAGUUUCAACUUUACUAAGAGUGAGUACUAUGUCACUACUAUACUGAUGCUUCUGUUGCUCAUCCUUCCACUUGUUGUUGUUAUGUUUGAAGAACAAAAGAUAAGGAAGAGGAAACAAGAGGACAGCAACACUGAAAACCCUCCUAAGCCUUUGAAUAUACCAACAGAGAUGCCAAAUCCAAUGAGUUCUGCAGAGGCUCCACAAAAGCAAGUUUCCUGUUGGAAAAGCAUGUUCAGCCCACCAAGUAGAGGUGAAGAUUAUACAAUACUUCAAGCCAUUUUUAGCCUUGACAUGGUGAUUCUUUUCUUAGCAACAAUCUGUGGACUUGGUGGCACACUCACUGUGGUAAACAACUUGAGCCAAAUUGGUGCAUCCUUAGGAUAUUCAUCACACAGUGUUACAACAUUUGUGUCCCUGAUGGCUAUUUGGAUCUAUAUGGGUAAAAUAGUGCAGGGUGUGAUAUCAGAAAUUAUCAUAGCCAAAUUAAAAGUUCCUAGGCCUAUUUUGUUCACAUCAAUUCUUGUCAUCCCUUGUAUUGGUCACCUUCUGAUUGCUUUCAAUGUCCCUAAUGGUCUGUAUGCAGCCUCAAUGAUAAUUGGAUUCUGCUUUGGGGCAAAUUGGCCACUACUAUUUUCCAUCAUAUCAGAACUUUUUGGUCUGAAAUUUUACUCAACUCUGUACAAUGUUGGGUCAGUGGCAAGUCCAAUUGGGUCAUACUUGUUCAGUGUAAGGGUUGCAGGGUAUUUGUAUGACAAGGAAGCCAGAAAGCAAAUGACAGCAUUAGGAUUGAAGAGGAAAGCUGGGGAGGAAUUGAAUUGCUAUGGAAGUGAGUGUUACAAAAUGGCUUUCAUUAUAAUCACUGCAGUGAGCCUGUUUGGAGCACUUGUGUCUCUCAUCUUGGUGUAUAGGACUAGAGAGUUUUAUAAAGGUGACAUAUACAAGAAGUUCAGAGAAGAAGAUGGAACUGCUGCAGCUGAAAUUGGUCUGACUCAGAACAAGUUUGCAGAACAACCUGCUGCAAAUGAAGGCUAGAUAUCUUUGCCAAGGAUUGAUAAAUACUUUAUCAUUACCAUAAUCGAUACCAAAAGAAAAUUAGAACCAUAAACCUUAAGAAUAUAGAUCUUCUGAGUUUUUAUCCUUGUUCUUCUCUUAUAUCUUCAAAAUACUUUUACUUUUAAUAUAUUAAACAAAUUUUAAUAUAUUUUAGAAUAUCAAAAUCAAUGUAUUUCAAAGAUACAAUAGAAAAACAACAACAAAAAAUCUCAACUCUAGCAGCUGAGUAAAUUUCCAUUUGUAGUUUGUAGUUUAUACAGAAGGAUCUUGUUGGGUAAUGUGUUGUAUUCAAUAAAUCACUCAAAUGUAG